CGGUCGAUUCAACACAACAAUAAUGGAAACCAAUCCGUUGGUGAAACACAAUGUAAUUAAAUUUGCAUAUAUGCACUUGGCUGCUCUGUACGGGAUCUAUUUGUGUUUCACCAGCGCGAAAUGGGCGACGAUAAUAUGGUCGCUGCUGUUGCUGGAAGCCGCGAAGAUCGGGAUCACCGCCGGAGCUCACCGGCUCUGGUGUCAUCGGGCCUACAAAGCCAAGAUGCCGUUGCAGAUUAUACUGCUCAUCUUCAACAGUCUCGCGUUCAUGAACACAGCGACGUACUGGGUGAGAGAUCAUCGCCUCCACCAUAAAUAUAUGGACACCGACGCGGAUCCGCACAAUUCGAACCGUGGUUUUUUCUUUUCGCAAAUCGGAUGGCUGUUCGUGAAGAAACACCCUGAAGUCUUGGAAAAAGGGAAGACUAUUUACAUGGAUGACAUCUACAACGAUCCGUUAUUGAGAUUCCAAAGGAAACACGCGAUUUUGGUCAUCGGUACCUGUGCGUAUCUUGUUCCUACCAUUGUCCCUAUGUACUUUUGGAAUGAGAGCUUCAGCAACUCCUGGCAUAUCGCCACAAUGCUCCGUCACGUGCUGACAAUCAACUUGAUCUUCCUGGUGAACAGUAUUGGACAUCGAUGGGGAAGCCGUCCAUUCGACAAGAGCAUCAAACCCGUUGAGAACCUAUCGAUCUCCCUACUCACAACUGGCGAAUGCUUCCAUAACUACCAUCAUGUGUUCCCAUAUGACUACAAAGCAUCAGAAUUGGGCGAUACUAAAUUCAAUGCAGCAACGCUCUUUAUAAAUUUCUUUGCAAAGAUCGGAUGGGCGUAUGACUUAAAAAUAAUACCUGACAAAACAAUAUUGGCCAGGAUCCAGAGGACUGGAGUUGACAAAACGUUAUGGGGAUGGGGCGACAAGGAUCAAACACAAGACGAAAUCAAUGGCGUCGAAUAUCUUUACACUAACAGGAAAGCAGCAUAAGUUUAGUUUGUUUUUUAACUAAUGCAUUUAACAAAUAAAUAGUUUAUCAAUUAACAAUUGAAUAAGAUUUUUUUUUAUAUAAAAUAGUGAAGAGAUACA